AUGGAAUCAUUGAUUCCUCCCUAUUAUUCUUUAACAUUAGUCGUAGUUGGUACUAUAUUCAAUUUUUUAACGUUUAUUAUUCUAUGUCGAUUAACAUGUAGAAAUAUAAACGUACGAUCAACUGUUCAUUAUAUGCGUGUAAUAGCAAUCUUCGAUAUAUUAAUGUUAUAUGGAUGGAAUCUUGAUCAUUAUCUUUCUGCAAUUCAUGGUUUUACUAUUCAAAAAUCAUCAAUACCUUCAUGUCGACUAUUAUCUUUUCUUAACUAUUUUGCUGCUCAAUCAUCUGCUUGGUUACGUGUAUUUGCUUGUCUUGACAGAUACUUAGCAUUGAGUUGUUCACAUCGGAUAUGGUUGUGUUAUUCAAAAAAUGUUCUUAUCAUCAUUCUAAGUACAAUUUCAAUUAUUACACUACUUAAUCUACAUUUUAUUAUAUGUGGUUGUUCUUAUCGAUUAAAUGGUUCGAUCAGUGUUCAGUCUUGGCUAUUUCAAACCUAUCCGUUAUGGGAUUAUGUAAAUUUAGGUGUUUAUAAUUGUGUACCAUUUAUAUUAAUGAUUACACUCGAUGUUGGUGUGAUCUAUCACCUAUUUCAUCUUCGUCAUAUUAAUAUUUUUCGAAAUUUAUCCAUUCAACACCGACCUAUCUCCACUACAUUACUCAUAACAACAUUUCUUUUUUUAAUUAUGACUGUACCAUCAACUGUCGCCUUUGCAUUUUUUUCUACAGCAGAUUCAACUCUUCUAUAUUGUUUAGAUGGCCUCCUUUAUUCAUAUCAUAUACUAUCAUUUCCAAUAUAUAUGAUUACAUUAGCUGCUUUUCGACGAAGAUGUAUUAAAAUGAUUAAAUGUAAAAAAAAUCAACGAAAGAUUGUACCACACAUUCAAAUUCAAUAUAAAAAAUAA